UCCACAUACAUUAAAUAUUCCAAAUAAAUAUUUUACUAUGAGUCAUGCAAGUUAGCUUACAGUAAGUAUUAUUCCCAUCAAAUAAAUAAAGUUAAUAUUGGUUCCAUCUCAGAAGUUUCUCCCAAUUAAAGAAAUCUAUAAGGAAUUUGCCUGCAGAAUUCCAUAAUUCGUAGACUUAGAUUUAUACAUUAAAAUUGACCCUAUAAUAAAGUCUUUAUUAUUUAAUUUGUAAUAGUCCUACAUCAUUUUAACAAAGUUUUAUAUACUGAUCGAGAUACCAAACAUUAGCACUACACUAUCUACCACUUUUAAAAUUGUUCUAUUCACACCAUCUCUUCAAUCUCUAUCUGAAAUUGAUAUAGCAAUAGCACGUAUAAAUCUUACAUUUCAUCCAUGGCGCCGGCGGCAAUAUCAUCUUCAAUUUCUUCGGGAUUAAGCGAUGAGAAUGGGUACGUGGACAUUGAUUGGGACACUUUAGGAUUUGGGCUAACAAGUACAGAUUACAUGUACAAGAUGAAAUGUUUCAAAGACGAGGAAUUUACGGAAGGUAAACUAAUUCCAUAUGGAAACAUCGAGCUGAGUCCUGCAGCUUGUGUUUUGAAUUAUGGCCAGGGUUUAUUUGAAGGAAUGAAAGCAAUUAGGAGAGAAGAUGGGAAGGUUGUUUUAUUCCGACCAGAUGAAAAUGCGUUACGUAUGAGAAUAGGUGCCGAAAGAAUGUGUAUGCCUUCGCCUUCGGUUGAUCCGUUUAUUGAUGCAGUUAAACAAACUGCUCUUGCUAAUAAACGUUGGAUUCCUCCACCAGGGAAAGGUUCAUUAUACAUUAGACCUUUGCUCCUAGGAACUGGGGCAAUCCUGGGUGUGGCUCCAGCUCCCGAGUACACUUUCCUUAUCUAUGCUUCUCCAGUUCGUAACUAUUUUAAGGAAGAGAGUGCUGCCUUGAAUUUGUAUGUUGAGGAUCAAUUUGAUCGUGCUUCUCGUGGUGGUGCUGGUGGGGUGAAAUCAAUUACCAACUAUGCGCCAGCUAUGAAACCAUUAGCAAAAGCGAAAAACAAUGGUUAUUCGGAUGUCUUGUAUCUUGAUUCCGCGACUGGGAAAUAUAUAGAGGAGGUCUCUGCUUGUAACAUAUUUAUGGUUAAGGACAAAAUAAUCUCAACCCCACCAACAAAAGGCACAAUUCUCCCAGGAGUGACGAGAAAAAGCAUGAUCGAAAUUGCUCGAGAACAAGGUUUUAAGGUUGAGGAGCGGCAGAUUGCGGUGGAGGAAUUGCUCGAAGCAGAUGAAGCUUUCUGCACCGGAACUGCUGUUGUGGUUGUACCAGUGGGUAGCAUUACAUACCAAGCCAAAAGGGUAGAAUACGGAACAACAGACACCAAUUCAAUGUAUAAGAAACUCUCGUCAAUAUAUGUUGGUAUUCAAAAUGGCCAGAUUGAAGACAAAAAGGGUUGGAUAGUUGAAAUUAACUAAGGUGUAUUAUCAUAUGAUUGUUUCAUUAUUAUGAAAUUUGAAAAUGUAGUUUGUAGUUUAUUUGAUCAAAGCAUUCAUUGUGUUAAUUCCAAAGAAUGUUGCACGGCAUUAGUUAAGCAUUCAAUAUAAUGCACUAGACGAUUUUAUGAUUCUAACCGAUUAACCCCAUAAACUGGUGCUCUAAUAGACAGCUAUUUACUCCAUUGGGUGUUAUGGAGUUUUUCUAAGAAAGUGCAUCGGACUAGUUGUUACAAUUUUUGCUAGCUCUAAAGGUAAAAGUGACGAGGAGCUGGGUUUAGGAGUUUUGUG